AUGAAGAUGAGGGAAGCGCUUUCACCCGGGGCCGGUGGUGCCCCAACCUUGCAUCUUCUUGGCGACCUUGAGCGGGUGCUUCAUCUCGUCGACCUCCAGCAGCUGCGCACGCGAGGGGUCAGUACCGCACCUAGGGUUUGGGCGACGAAGAAGCGGCGGCGGACAGCGGGAGGUGGGCGGGACCUUGGCAGCGGCGUCGCCGGCGGCCCCGAGGAUCUCCAAUUAGGGGCGGUGGCGGCGUUGGGCUACGGCCCAGAGGCUAGUCGUGGAGGAGGAGAAGGACAUGGACGGCAGCGGAGAAGACCCGUGAAUCGAGCGGGAUAG